UAUUUCACUCUUAACAAUAUCUAACAUCUCAUCUCCCCUGUCUCCAUAUAAAUAGCACUAAAAUAUAUGCAUUAUUAUAAUAAGUAUCAACGACAAGAGUGAACAAAAUCCCUUUGUUUAUAUUUCUUCAUCAAUUUUUAACGAAAUGGAAGACCCCUCUAACUACCGUCAAACCUUAGCAAAAUCGAACUCCCGUAAGACUAAUAAUCACGGUGUUCGUAUUAGACCUGAUAACUCUACCAUGGAAAUGUUCACGGAAGAGCAUGAUUACAGUAUGGAGGAAGGUGACUCGGAGAUGUGGAACAACUUUUCCAACAAUUUUAGGCAGGUGCAGUCAGUGUUGGAUCGGAACAGAUUAUUAAUUCAACAGGUUAACGAGAAUCAGCAGUCGAGAACGCACAACAAUAUGGUCCAGAACGUGGGUCUAACUCAGGAACUUAAUGGCAACAUAUCGAAGGUUGCUUCUAUAUAUUCUGAUUUUAAUAACAACUUUACGUCUAUGGUCCAUCAACGGAAGAAUGGUGUUUGAGAGGGGAUUUAGAAAAAGCCACUACUGAGAUGGCUUCUAUAUUUAAUCUUAUAUAUGUAAUAAACUUUUUUUAGCUUCUUUUAAAAUCGUAAUUGCAGCUAUUUCACUGAUUGGAUUGGAAACAUCCGGAAUAAUUAAUGUUUAGACAUAUUC